AUGGGCAUGGGACUGAGUCUCAAAGUGUACGUCCUCAAGGGCCGCAACCUCGCAGCCAAGGACAGGUCAGGCACUUCAGAUCCAUACCUAGUCAUUACCCUUGGAGAGGCAAAGGAGGCCACCAGCGUCGUCAGCAAGACUCUCAACCCAGAAUGGAACCAGACGUUCGAGUUUCCAAUCGUCUCGCCAGAUUCAGCGCUGCUCGAAGCGGUAUGCUGGGAUAAGGACAGAUUCAAAAAGGACUACAUGGGAGAAUUUGAUGUGGUCCUGGAAGAGGUAUUUGCCGCUGGAAAUAUCCACCCGGAACCGCAAUGGCACAAGCUACAGAGCAGACGCAAAGGACGCCGAAAACAGAAGAAAGACAGCAACAUUUCUGGAGAAGUGCUGGUUCGCUUCAAGCUCACCGACCCCACUAAUUCGUCUGCCACACCGCAGCAGAUACUGCAAAAGUUCGCCGGCAUUGUAUCCGACCCGGAGCAAGACGACGAUGAGGAAGACGAGGAAGAGAUGCUUCGUAGAAUGAACAGCCAGGGCUUGGAGGACCUUGACGAAGAAGAUGACGAGAAGGAGCCUUCAGAUGAGACGGACGAUGGCACGCGGACACCCACAGGCACAACUGAGGAGAAGCAGAGGAACAAGCGACGCAGGAAGCUCAGAAGACUCCGUCGUAAGAAGAAAAUGAGUGCCUAUGAAUUCGGCGCUACGUCCGAUGUAGCUGGCGUACUUUUCCUGGAGAUCAACAGAAUCACCGAUCUGCCGCCAGAGGAGAAUAUGACCAAGACAAGCUACGAUAUGGAUCCUUUUGUCGUGACCUCGCUUGGACGCAAGACCUACCGGACACGCGUUGUAAAUCACAAUCUGAACCCUGUCUACGACGAGAAGCUGGUCUUCCAGGUGCAGAAGCACGAGCAGAACUUUAGCUUGAGCUUCGCAGUUGUGGACCGCGACAAGUUUUCGGGCAACGACUUUGUCGGUACCUGUACCUUCCCUCUGGACAAAGUCAGGGAAUUGUCUCCAGAGGCCGACCCAGAAACUGGUCUGUAUCGACUGCCAGAUCCAGAACACACAAUUCACGAAGGUGAACAAAAGCGGAAGCGCUUCCGUAACCCUCUUUCUCGAAGUUCAAGCUCCAACAAUCUGCCGAAGCUGAACAGCAACCGCAAUUCGUCUCCCAAUCUGGCGAAAUUGGCCAAGUCCACGAGCAACAACAAUCUCAAAUCUGGAGACGCUCGACCCGGCCUUCAACAUGAUGAAGCGGGCCUGCAUGCAUUCGAACUUCCUCUCGAGCUCAAGAAUAAGGCGAGAUGGGAAGACAAGCACCGUCCUGUGCUCUACAUUCGCGCGAAGUACUUGCCCUACAGGGCUCUUCGCCAGCAAUUCUGGCGUGUCCUUCUACGCCAAUACGAUGCAGACGAGAGCGGAAAGAUCGACAAAAUUGAGCUUGUGACUAUGCUCGACACCCUAGGCAGCACACUCCACGAUCGUACGAUCGACGGUUUCUUCCGUCGCUGGCAAGACGUCAAUGGCGGCGAUGAGUAUCUGACAAUGGAUCAAGCCGUCAUCUGCCUAGAGGAACACUCUCCUUCAGCAAGUCCUACGAAUGGAACACCCUACUUGACAGGCUCUCGGACACCCGCCAAUGUCCAUCCCAAUGCCUCCUCCGUGCCAGCCCUUGAAGUCAGCGAUCUUGGAGAAGCUGGCGAGCGCGGUGACAUUCCGGAGGAGUACGGAGAGGAGCUUGCCGAGGACUCGGGCGAAGAGCAUGUAGUUGAGAUCUCUGAGUGUCCCAUCUGUCACCAGCCUCGUAUUGCUAGAGGCCGCAAGGCAACUGACGCUGAUAUCAUUACGCACAUCGCAACAUGUGCAAGCAGCGACUGGCGAGCUGUCAACAAUCUCGUCAUGGCCGGUUUCGUUACCAGCUCACAAGCCCAACGCAAGUGGUACUCUAAAGUCAUUACGAAGGUGUCCUAUGGAGGCUAUCGUCUAGGUGCCAACAGUGCCAAUAUCCUUGUCCAAGACAGGAGAACUGGCAUGAUCAAUGAAGAACGCAUGAGCGUCUACGUUCGUCUUGGCAUCCGACUCCUCUACAAAGGCCUCAAAAGUAGGGAAAUGGAGAAGAAACGAGCCCGCAAGCUCCUUCGCUCCAUGUCCUUCAAGCAAGGGCGCAAAUUCGACGAUCCUGCUUCAGCAUCACAGAUCCCUGGCUUCAUCAACUUCCAUCAGCUGGACAUGAGUGAGGUUCUGCUGCCGACUGAUAAAUUCAAGACUUUCAAUGAGUUCUUCUACCGAAAACUAAAACCAGAUGCUCGACCCUGCUCUGCACCAGAUGAUCCUCAUGUCAUCGUCAGUCCUGCAGAUUGCCGCUCGGUGGUGUUCAAUCGCCUGGAAGACGCGCAACGAAUCUGGGUCAAGGGUCGAGAGUUUAGCGUCGAGCGUCUGCUCGCUGACGCGUACCCACAAGAUGCGAAGCGUUACAAGAAUGGCGCGCUCGGAAUCUUCCGUCUUGCACCUCAGGACUAUCACCGAUUCCAUAUUCCUGUCGACGGUGUGAUGGGCGAGCCCAAACUGAUCGAUGGUGAGUACUACACUGUGAACCCAAUGGCUAUCAGAUCGGCGCUUGACGUCUACGGCGAAAAUAUUCGAGUCUGCGUACCGAUCGAUUCGGUGUGUCAUGGGAAAGUCAUGGUCAUUUGUGUUGGUGCUAUGAUGGUCGGAUCGACUGUCAUCACUCGCAAGAAAGGUGAUAACGUGAAGCGUGCAGAAGAGCUUGGGUACUUCAAAUUUGGAGGUUCAACUAUCCUGCUCUUGUUUGAGCCUGGCGUGAUGAGAUUUGAUGAAGACCUGGUGGCCAAUAGCAAUGGGGCCUUGGAGACAUUGGUCCGCGUCGGCAUGUCUAUCGGACGUACCACCGGGCAUGCUCCUCAUCUUCCAGACCAGCCCACUGCUAACCCCACCGAGGAAGAGAAGCAGAAAGCCAAACGACGCAUCGAGGGCUCGUUGACACCAAGCUCUGGUGGCAAUCCAUUGAAGCCGACCGAUGCGAGGCACUUGUAAAAGCAAAGCCAUUUAGAUGAGAAGUUUAGAGAGAAGAAGCGAGCAUAGCGAUUGUUUCGGUGCAUUGGGAACAGCAUUGGCUCAACCACGUGAGAAAACAGCAUUACAUACAGAGACGCGGCAUGAUAAGAAGAAGAAGAAAAAGAUGACACUGAGAUUGAUGAAGAACAGAAGCUAGAAAAAGUUUGGGUCCUGCGGUCUUAUCUUCGAUGGGUACAUAAAAAAAACCUGGGUAUGUUUCUGCAUUG